AAGUAAAAGUAAAACCACUUAAUUUAUUUUCUAAAAAAAUUUAUUACAAAAUUUAAUAAUUUUAAAUAUUAUACGUUUUUAACAUUUUAUACAAUACCAAAAAAACUUUGCGUAAAGUGUCCUCUAACCGAAGAAGGCCCUUGGUUUUAAAUUGAACGACUCUGUUUACCCCCUCGGCGGCCUCUCCCUCCCUCACCAUCUGAUUUGAGUGGCCGUUGAAUCGAAUCUAAUCGGAUUCCGUUAGAUCGAACGACAGUGAUACGCUGGGAUGUUCGAAGUGACGUGUUUGAAUUGAAUCAAUCAGCCUCCUGCUUCCGGGAGUCCGCAACGGUUUCCGCACACGACACGCGUCAUAAUGCGCCAUUUUAAUUUUCUUUUAGACGAUAUUACCCUCGCCUGUUGCACAAUCAUCUUUAACUGAUUUGUAAAUUUCGGUAAAUUGAAGGGUAAUUUAGUCUUCACAACAGUAUCAACGAAAUAUCUUCACCGGGAAUCAGCUGUAGCUGAAUUGCUCACUUUAACCUCUGCCUUUCUCUAUCUUUCUCAGGCGACAUCAUGGCUGUAGUUCUUGGAAAUUUAGCGUCAUUACCUGACGUAGCCUCGCCGAGGAUUGUAUCGACGGACCGGAAAUCUCGUCCCGUUGCGGUCGACGUUGGUUUACACCUGCCGAAGAGGGAGUCGGACGGUGAGGCUAGGGCUCACCGACUUGUGGCUCGUGGCAAAGCAAAUUCGAAAGCAAACGCAGUAGAUUUCAACGCGGAGAACAGUGACGAUGAGGGAAACGGUAAUGGGUUUGAGGAGGAAGAGGCGAGGUACGACUGGGAGAAGGAAAUGAGGAAGAGAUUGAAGGAGAUUGAGGAGAAGGAGGAGUUGGAGACGAAGGCUGAGGAGUUGCUAAAAAAGGCAGAGGCAGAGGAAGGUGAAGGUGAUGGUAAAGAAUUGACAGAGGAGCAGAAGAUGUUGAGAGUGAGAAAAGAGCUCGAGAAGGCAGCUCAGGAGCAGGCAGAGAGGAGAGCAACAGCAAAAUUGAUGUUUGAACUGGGUCAAAAGGCUUAUGGAAAGGGCAUGUACAGACGUUCUAUUGAAUUUCUUGAAGGUGCACUCACAAUCAUUCCAAGGCCUUCAUUAUUUGGGGGUGAGAUACAAAUAUGGCUUGCCAUGGCUUAUGAAGCGAAUAAUCGCCAUGCAGAUUGCAUUGAGCUUUAUCUGCAAUUGGAGGAGAUGCACCCCAAUGUGAGCAUCCGACGUCAGGCUGCUGAUCUUCGCUACAUCUACCAAGCACCUAAGAUCAAGAUAACACAGGAGGAGAUGGUUACAAUCCCGACAAUUACUAGUUAUGACAGCUAUGAUGGCUAUGGGACGGUAUGGAUUGAUAAAGAUAAAUACAAAUACAAGAAUUGGUAUAAAAGGAGAAAUGGAUCAACAGCAAAUCAACCUCCACCUUCCAGAGACUUUCUAGGAGAGCUUUUUGACUUUUUGAUGUGGCGACCUCCAGUUGGAUUGGAGAGGAACCGGGCUUUUUGGUUUGCUUUAACCCUAUGGUUUGGCUUGGUGGGAGCUGCUCUCCUUCAACAAAGAUGAAUUUUGCAGAAUUAGACAAUCCUGUAAUUGUUAAACCACGAUGUAUUCAUUUAAUUAUUUGUUCAGUUCUUAACUUAAUAAUAUUUAAGUCAUUGUCUAUAUAACAUCAUAUUACGUACAUGAAGCAGAAAAUGUGUUUGCAUCAUGAUUUUAUCAAUCCAUGAUUAUCAGUUGAGUUUCAGUUC